ACAGCGGACUCUCCUCUCCCGCAGCAGAGCGGCAGGUGUGUUUCCACCGAAUCUUUUUUCUUUUACUUUUUUCUGCCACAUUUCCGGCUGAAUUUGAACAAUAGAUCAACUCGCUGCACAUUUGGCUGCACAGAGUCCUUCUCGGCCGUGAGAAUGAUGCAGUGAUAAAGGACGCAGCAUCUUCUCCGCCGGCAUCGUCAGCUGUUGCUCUAGAAGAGAGUGGAAGAGUGGGGAGCAACAGAGAGGCCAAACUAUGCCCCUGAUAUCCAAUCGGUAACCGUAUUUCACCCCUAAGUCGACCGGGGAGCGGAUGCGAGCAGAGGUUGUUAACGCACCUCCAAGUAUUUUCUGCUCUUUGUCGGUGCCGGAGGAGCCGAGCAAAUGGAGAAGGCGACUCCACCGCCCCAGCCCCAGCUCCAGCUGUCGAUAGCAAAGACUGAAAGUCCAGCCGAGGACAUCUCCGGUCUGACAGACGAGGACCUGCUGAAGUGGACCAAGGAGGAGCUGGUGCGCCGGCUGAGGCGGUCUGAGGCCGACAAGAUGAGCGUGAUUCUGGACCACGGGAAUCUCAUCCGAGAGGUCAAUCGAAGCCUCCAGCUGCACUUAAAUGAGAUCAGGGGGCUGAAGGAUAUCAACCAGAAGCUGCAAGAGGACAAUCGUGAACUGAGGGACUUGUGCUGCUUUUUGGAUGACGAUCGUCAAAAAGGAAAGCGUGUAUCCAGGGAGUGGCAGCGCCUUGGACGUUACAGUGCCAGCAUCAUGCGCAAAGAGGUGACCCUCUAUCUCCAGAAGCUGAAAGAGCUGGAGUUUCGACAAGAAGAGGUGGUCCGGGAGAACCUGGAGCUAAAGGAGCUCUGCCUGCUGUUGGAUGAGGAGAAGGGUGGGGUGCUUGGAGGAGGUGGGAUGGGCGGAAGUGGCGGUGGAGGGGGUAUAGGGACGGGAGGGUGCCGUAACUCCAUAGACAGUCAGAAUAGCUUGCUGCUGGUGCCAGGUCAGGGGCUGCUUAUGAGGGAUGUGGGGGACGGGAGCAGCACCUCUAGCGCAGGGAGUGCAGACAGCUCCGAUCACCCUCACCAUAAGCAGGCUCACCUCACUGUUGGAGUGGGGGGUGUUGGGAGUAGUGGGGGGAAAGGAAGCCCAGAACUUGUCCACAAGCCCAGGUGCAGCAGCAUCAGUGGACUAGGAGGAGGAGGAAGUGGAGGAGACAGGGAGGUGUCCAGUCCUGAGCACCCGGCUGGCCGACACCGGAGCACAAGCCUGGAGUACCCCUACACGCUGCCUCAGCUCUGCCGGCCCCGAUGUGGCUCCAUUUCUGUUCCUGAUCACAGUAGGGUCAUGCGGGGCCUGAGCCCAGAAAAAUAUGGAAGGAACAUAAGCCGAAGUAGUCCAGAGCAGCACCCCAAGCACCACAGCUCUGAUCUCCUCCUCGGCCAGAGGCAGCACUACCUGGGCCAGGGAGGCAGUGGGGAGCUUUAUCAGAGGCACCAGAGGAGCAGCAUUAGUGGUACAGGCUGUGGAAGCCCUGAGUCCCGGCAUGCACAUUUGGGGACCAGUGAGCACCAUGAAAAGGGCUGCAUGGUCCAGGGUGGCAGCCCUGAAACUCAUAAGCACCAGUACAGCAUGAGCCCAGACCAUGUGAAGUUUGGAAGCCCUAUGAGAGAGAACCAGAGGAGGCCAGCUGGUGAUGAGCUGUCUCCACAUCAUCGGAGCAUCUAUAAUGGCAUGAAUGCUUUGAUAUCAGCCGGCUGCUGCAGCAACAACUGUAGAAAUGUCAAGCUAUGGGACAGCUUUGACGCUUCCUCUUGACAACUUGGCAACCCACACCUCUCAAAAGGAGGAGGUGCAGCAUUGGGGCAAUCCUCCUGCGUCUCUGGCCUCGACAGACUCCAGGGUCCCUGAAAGCCACCCUCCAUAACUCCUGAUGGUCUGUAGUCCCUGGCCUCAUCCAUGUCCACAGUCCUUAAAAACAGCCUGCCUCCAUGUUUUCAUUUCUACAUAUCAAGAUUUUGAGCGGAUGGGGUGGGAGUUUUUUAGGUAGAAUGCGAGCAGUGUGGUUGAUAAGACUUAUGAGGACUGCCGUGGCUAAAUGGAUCAAAGCGGAUAUCUGUCUCUGCCAGCUAUGGCGUUGCUGCCUCCCAGAGAGAAAUUAGACAGACAGGAAGGGAUACUGGGGAUUGGUGAGAUAAGAGGACAUUGCACUGUUUGUGCUGCUACCCUGUGUUUACAAAUUGUAGAUCAUUGGUGAAGAAGCACAGCAAACUUUCUAUACCCUACUGUUCAAAACAGAAAUUCUUUUCCUCUACAGUCAUUGUUCCGUCUCCUACUCUCUUCCCCGUUUUCUGCUCUCCCUCCUCUCUUUCAUCCAAGCUAUUCAUUAUCUUCAAAGUGUGUAAUGAGACUGGUGUAAUCUAAUGUUCUGCCUCUCAGUCUCCAAAUCCAGAUGAUCAAAUGAUUGCCAUUGUCUCCCUUCCUCGUAAAAAGUUCUGCCAUUUCAACUGAACGUAAAAACAAAAACAUAUUUCUAAAAGAAAAUCAAACAAAACAAACAACAACAAAAAAAAACUUCCUGUGUCUUAAACCAAGAUGGUCAACAUUACUAGCUGCUGACAGAUGUUAUAGUUGUAUGAGAUGCAAUGUUCAGGUGUAAUUUUUCUUUUUUGUAUUAUCUUCUUUUCUCCCUUCAAGCGCCUAUACUGAAGCUGGGGAGAAGGUGAGAAGGUACAUUUCUCCAUAUUGUUUUUUUACAAGGAAGUAAAGUCCAAGUAAAAAGUAGAUUAUUGGAUUAGUUUUCUAUAUAUAUAUCUAUAUACAAAUAUUAUAUGAUUAUUAUUUUUGACUUAUUGGUAUUAUAACAAUUAUAUGAAAAUGCAUAUGAUAUAUCUAAUAAACAGACCUCUUUAUUUAAAAGUACACUGUUUGUUGUUUUUGUCUCCAUUUGGCACUGUGCAGAUUAUUAGGUUGCAAACCGAUCUUUAAGUCACUGGUGUAUAGGUGUGAUGCCCAGAAAAAUAAGUUUUGUGAAAUUAAACUAAUUAGUUACCAUUAAAAAACACCUGCACAUCAACAGAGGUUCAGCAGCAACACCUACAAGAUGUUGCUACAUCCCAUCCUGUCAGAUGAAAAACAAAAGCGUCACACUGUAAGAAUUUCCUGCUGGAAAAGCUCCAACUACUUCUUCCUUCCUCUGCUCCCAUUAUGUUUCCUCACAUCCACCAACAUCUGCUGCACUAUUAAGGAUCUACACCAAUACCAUGCAU